AUGGUUUCCACUAUGCGCGCCAACGCGACCCUCAAGAACGCCCUCACCAACAAGGAGAAGGGUGUUGGCUUCUGGCUCACCUUCCCCGGCCCCACUGUCGUCCGCUCGCUCGUUUCCCUCGGCGGCUUCAACUGGUGCCUCAUCGACGGCGAGCACGGCCAGAUUGGUGACACCGACUACUUCGAGCUUGCCAACGCCUGCCGCCAGUACGGUGUCUCGCCCAUUGUCCGCAUUCCCAACGCCGAGGAGUACAUGAUUAAGCGGGCCCUCGACUCUGGUGCCCACGGUGUCAUGACCCCCAUGUGCCACACCGCCGAGGACGCCCGCAAGAUUGUCUCGUGGAACAAGUACCCUCCCACCGGUACCCGCGGCUACGGCCCCAUGUUCUCUGGCCACUCGUUCGGCGUCGCCGAGAAUGACUACCCCGCCGAGGCAGAUGCCACUCUGCUCGUCAUUGUCCAGAUCGAGUCGCGCAGCGGUGUCGAGAACGUCGAGGAGAUUGCCAAGGUCGACGGCAUCGACGUCCUCUUCAUCGGCCCCUACGACCUGUCCAAGCAGAUGAACGUCCCCUUCGGCGGUGAGGAGCACCAGGCCGCUAUUGCGCGUACCCUCGCUGCCGCCCACGCCGCUGGCAAGACUGCCGCCAUCUUCUGCGCCAACGGUGAGCAGGCCGCCCAGCGCCUCGAGCAGGGCUUCGACAUGGUCUCGAUCGCUACCGACGUUGGCGUCAUCACCCAGGCUAUGCAGGCCGAGCUCGCCAAGGUCGGCCAGUCCUCGAACCACAAGAGCAGCUACUAA